UUUCGUAUCGGUAUUCUCGCUCUACUUGUCUCUCUUUGCUCUCAAAACGCUUUAAAUAAAGGCCACUUCCCAUUCUUCCCUCUCUACUUCCCCCAACUCCAUUUGCAUGCUCUCUCUACUUUUUCUCUCUUUCUGCAAAACAAAAACAAAAUACUGUAUUUUGUUCAUGGCUAGUGUUGAAGCAAGACAUCUCAAUCUCUUAAAUCAACAAAGGAAUUUGAAUGGAUUUGUUUACAAUACCCAGAUGGGUUCAGGGCUGAUUCCAAUGCCGGAGAAUUAUUUGCCUAAGACAUCGGUGAAUACUGAGAGUGGUCUUACUUUUCAUUUACCCACAAAUGAUGUAGUCGCUCCAAGGAAACGUUCAAGAGAUUCAUUCACUCCUUCUUUCUCUACACCUCACAAACACUGCAAUGGACUCUCUCAAAUUCCAUCCUUAUCGUUUGUCGGUGAUGAUGUUUUGCCACUCGUUCAACAGUAUCAGUUAGAUAUCAAUUCCAUUAUUUCUCACCAUACGAAGAAAAUAAGAUUGGAAUUAGAAGAGCAACAGAAACAUCAAUCGAGAAUGCUGGUAUCAGCAAUAAGCGAACGAGUAAUGAAGAAAAUGAAGGAAAAAGACGAACAAAUACAGAGAAUAGGAAAAAUCAAUCAAGUCUUACAAGAAAAAUUAAAGACUCUUUACAUGGAAAAUCAACUAUGGAGAGAUUUAGCACAAACCAACGAAGCCACAGCCAAUUCACUCCGCAGCAACUUAGAACAGGUCCUUGCACACGUCACCGACGAACGCCUCUCCGUGGAGGAAGAUGCCGAGUCAUGCUGCGGCAGCAGCAGCAGCAACAACAACAACAAUAACGACAACGAGGAGGAAGAGGAUGGUAAUGGUGGUGAAGAAGAAGAAGGGGGAGUGCGCAUUUUAGCUGGAGAAGCGCAGGAUAAGAGAAACAGAAUGUGCAGAAGGUGUGGAGAGAGGGAAUCAUGUGUGUUACUGUUACCGUGCAGACACUUGUGUUUAUGCACAGUAUGUGGGUCAAGUUUACAGGAUGUUUGCCCAGUAUGUAAUUCAAAUAUGAAUGCAACAGUUCACGUCAACAUGACUUCUUGAUACAUCCAUCCAAAUGUUCAAAUAUGAACAUAACAGAAAAAUAGAGUUUUUUGUUGAUUUACAAGUUUCAGAUUUAGGGUUCUGUAAAAUGUAAAUGCACUUUUGGUAUUAGUAAAUGAAUUGUUCAUUCUUUCUCUA